UGCCAAUGAGCGGGCGUACUCCAAGUUUUUAGACUCACACGUACACAACAAUGGUGUCCAGUCUCGCAAACUUUAGAGAUCUUCCUGCUUGUCCUUGAUGAUGUUGUGUGGGGAGUAAAGGAAUGGCAUAUACAGUGUCAAAAGUCCUGGCAUCUGUAAUAUAUUUCGUUAGGGACUGGCUAUUCUGUCCCGAGGCAAUAGCCCUCUUUGUUGCCUCUCUUUUUUUCUUUAACUUCCUACGCCUUCUUCGGAGUUUGAUUGUUUGCUUUUGCCGUUGGAAGUACAAAAACGUCCCAAUUCCUUCCUCACCUAGAUCUAGCAAAGAAAGUAGAAGCGACAGCGUUAAUAUCACUGGCAAUGGAGGUGAAAAUGUUGGAUGCCUGGAAAAGUCAGUCUUCAGAACUUACUCUCAUGAAGCAAAAUCAUGUGACAUGGCGGCAUUCUCUAUCCAAGGCAGAAGAAAGACGAUGGAAGAUAGGUUCAAUUCCAUAUCACACAAUUAUGAGCACAAUCACUCUGUGUACGCUGUUUUUGACGGCCACGGGGGAGAGUUUGCAGCUGAGUACAUAGAAGACCAGCUGUUUCGAUCUAUACAAAAGGAGCUUUGUCAAGGAAGCUUUCCAGCAGAUCCUGACCAAGUAAAGCAGGUACUGACGAGUGUGAUAAGGCAAGUGGAUGCUCAACUUGUGUGUCUGUCCAGAGACAGGAUGGACCUGUCAGGCUCGACUGGAAUCCUUCUCUACCAAAAGGAAGAUGUGCUCAUUAUUGCCAACAUCGGGGACUCGAGAGCGGUCAUGUCUGACGUCAAAGGCAAAGUUGUCCCGCUUUCCACAGACCACAAGCCAUCAGAUCCGAAAGAGCAACAAAGAAUCGUGGAUGCUGGUGGCUUUGUCACAUUUAACGGCGUGUGGCGUGUGGCUGGAGUGCUUGCCACAUCACGGGCAUUUGGAGACUACCCCUUGAAGCAACGGAAAUUCAUUACUGUGGAACCGGAAUUUCGAGUAUUCAAUGCGCAAGAAUGCAAGCCUCAUUUCAUCAUAAUGGCUUCAGAUGGACUGUGGGAUGUUUUCAGUAAUGAAGAGGCUGCUCAGUUUAUAAGUGAAAGACUGGAUGAGCCCCACUUUGGUGCAAAAAGCCUGGCCCUGCAGGCAUACUACCGUGGCUCCCUGGAUAACAUCACAGUCAUGGUGAUCAACGUGAAGCGGAAACGAGUACUGCAGAAGAAAUUUGACGAGCACAAGGAGAUUGUGACUGCUGCCCAGAGAACCGCUGGGGAGGAAAAGGAGGGGGCGGAGGAAAACUCACAGGAGUUGUAGCGUGAGGAGGGGUGUCAUUGUUAUGUGGAAAUGUGGAAGUAUGCUGUUUUUUAUUGUUUUGUUUUUUUGUUUUUUUAGAAUUUGUUGUUUGGUAGGGGAUUUUUUUAUUUUUUUUUAUUUUUUUUUUUUUUUUGGGGGGGGGGUUGUUUGUUUUCUUUUGUGCCAGGGUGUUCUUCCUUCAGCCUACUGCAUGUUUGGUUUGUAUAUCUGCACAGUGCUCUGGCUGAAGGCAAGUUGUAGAGUGGAACAAGGAUAUUAUGGCAUUUUUGGUUAUGACUCUAAGGUGUGUGAGGCAUCGUGGUGAAAUCAGGCACUCAUUAAUAUAAUUAGGUAGCGUAAACACGGCCUCGCGGCUUUCCCAGUGCGUGGUCUCGCUGAAAUCGGGGUAAUUCAAAUCGCUGUUUCUUUGCUUUUUCACUAUAAAACACCAAAUGCUGUACACCUAGGA